UGUUCGCGUCGGUUGUGGCACGUGUGGCGGUUCAUUCUGAUUUUAAACUGGCUUUUUCACGUGAGCUGUGAGUGAUUUGUCAUGAGUGCAGUGCCCAGUGUUUUUUUGCCAAAUGUUAUAUACUGCGCGCAUAUUCAUGGUGAAUGUGCUGCCACUAAGCGGUGAAUAGCAGAAUUUAUUUUUGUGUGCUUUCUCUGGAUUAAAGUGACUAGGAGUGAGAGUAUUCUGUUGAAAUGUUUGCCUAAUUUUUGGUAUACUCACAUGUGAAUAUAAUGUUACAAGUUAUGGGUGUUUGAUUUAAAUGCGUUAAAUUGGACAACGGUAGCUACAUGUAGUGAAUGUAUCGAUUAUUUGCGCAACUUUAGAAGAAUUAGUCAUACACAUUUAAGAUUCCGUGAAAACAAACUGAAUUUGCUUCGAAUAACUCGAAAACUGGAUAAGCUGAAAGCAUGGAACGAUUGUAAAUUGUGAACUAUCUAUUGUGGAUAUAACUUCCUUCUCAGAUAUUGGGGUGCUAACGACACAAAUAACGGAAACCGUAAUUCCACAAAAGCCUCGGAGAAACACACGCUUCAAAAUUUUAACGGAAAACACCAAAACGCCCCCCAGGGCUGUCGCACUGGCGUCUUAUCUGGGGGAAGGAUUCUCGGCAGUAGGUGCUCGAGCACCACCAGCAAAAGAUCUAAUGGCGUUUGGUUCAGUAUUGCAACACAACCAACACAACAUAGGUCGAGGCGAGCCGCCAUCCGGGGUCGCGGACCCAUGCGCCGGAUGUAACAAGCCAAUCCUAGACAAAUUCCUGCUGAACGUACUGGAGCGGGGCUGGCAUGCGGCGUGUGUUCGGUGUUGCGAGUGUCACCAGCCCCUCUCGGACAAGUGCUUCAGUAGAGAAUCGAAGCUCUACUGUAGGAAUGACUUUUUUAGACGGUACGGUACAAAGUGCAGUGGUUGUGGUCAAGGCAUUGCGCCAUCGGAUCUAGUGCGAAAACCGCGUGAUAAAGUGUUUCAUUUAAAUUGUUUUACGUGUUGUAUCUGUAGAAAACAGUUGAGCACCGGUGAACAGCUGUACGUUUUAGAUGACAAUAAAUUUAUCUGCAAAGAUGACUAUCUACUUGGGAAAGGACAUCAUCCAUCAUCGUUGACAGAUUCCCUGAUGGGUUCGGGAUCCGAAGAUGAAGAUGAGGAUGAACAUAUAAGGCCUGGCUUAGGACUAGGACCUCUUGGACCAAGUGAUGGACCUCUCGGUGCUUCGGAUCUGUCAGUGCAAAGUAUGAGUACAGAUAGUAAAACAGGGCAUGACGAUAGUGAUCAGGGGUCAUUAGACGGAGAUCCGGACUGUCGGGGGGACUCGCAGGCUGAAAAUAAAAGUCCUGACGAUGGUGCUGGCUCAAAACGAAGGGGUCCCCGAACAACAAUUAAGGCCAAACAGUUAGAAGUGUUAAAAACUGCAUUUAGUCAAACUCCUAAACCAACGCGACACAUCAGGGAACAGUUAGCUAAGGAAACGGGUCUACCGAUGCGAGUGAUACAGGUUUGGUUUCAAAACAAACGUUCGAAAGAGCGAAGAUUGAAGCAGCUUACUAGUAUGGGCCGGGGGCCUUUCUUCGGGGGUGCUCGAAAGAUGCGUGGUUUCCCGAUGAAUCUGUCUCCCGGAGGGCUGGAUGAACCAGGAUUUCCGUAUUUUGCUGCCGACGGAAAAUUCGACUUUGGCUACGGUGGUCCACCAUUCCAUCCCCACGACGCGCCAUUCUUUCCCGGUCAUCCUGGUGCUGGACCUAUGCCUUUUAAUGCUCCGGGAGGACCAAUGGACCACUCCGGACCGAUCCCCAUGGUGAACGAUUUCGGCGGUAUGACACCGGACACAAACUUCCUCGGCCAGCCAAAUGGCCCUCCUGGAAAUGCCGGAGCCGGAGGUGCAUCUGAGAAUAUGAUCGGUGGUCCACGUCCCGGAAGCCCUGAAUUCAUGACCUCCGGAAACUUCUCUGAACCUCAGAACAUGCAAAACGAAGGACUAGUUUGGUAAAAAUUACUGAAUUUUUUUAGCAUUAUUAAGUGAUAGUUAAUUUAUAAGUAAUUUAUUUGUUUUUGUUAACUAUUUCCUAAUGGAUCUGAUUUGAAACAAGAAGAAGCGACAGAUUUAUUAUGUUAAAAUUCAUAGACGCCUGCAUUUUGUAUAUAUGGUUGCAAUUGGACCCUCAUAUCACGACUACUAAUAUUGUUUGUUUUUUUGGUUUGUUUUCUGCUUUUGAUGUUUUGCUUCAAGCAUAAAAUCGAUCGCGUUAAACAUGCUGGCGUCGGAAAGUAUUUAUACAUGUAUCCAUACGAGUUAUUCUCUGCACUUUGUUAAGUGCUUGUUUAGUUGUUUUCGGUCGUAAAAUUAAAUUUCCCUUCAAUAUUGUUUGCAUAAUACAUCACGUAAAAUGCUAAAAAAUUAACAAAACGAGACUAAAAAUAUCAAACGAAGGCUUAUACAGAUCUGGCAUGUACAGUAUGGUUGCAAAUGUCACAUCACCCAGCAUAAUGAUAUGACAUCACACUGUUGUGACCGUAUACAAAUACUGGUUUUAAAUAACUGACGUCAUACGUGCAGCAAAAUAGAACGAUUAAAGGAAUAGUAAUUUUCAAACAUAAUUUCUGAUGUGAGUUCAACAUUGAAUCAAUAUAGGGCAAACAAACCUUGAAUUUUUCCUGCUUCUUGCAGUUUGUGUAGGAGAGCAUUUUGACACAACCAGUAUGUUAGAUGGAAAGUAUUAAAUUAUUGUAAGAUUGCAACGGUUGUUGUUUUUGUUAUCUGCUACAGUUUGUGUUUCAACCGCAAACCUUUUUCGAAAAUCUAAUGAAUGACAAGAUCUGAUAUGAUCAACACCUGGAUUAUUCGAAUUCUAUAAAAAUAUGUACUGCAUUUGACCUUUACAUAUCUUCGAAUUUUUUGGACGCCAGAAACAGCAGAAAAUGAAAGUAUAAUCAUAUACUGCAACCGAUUCCUCAAUGUUUCAUACUGAAAAGAUUUCAAUCACCAAAUAACUCGCUCACUUUCGAUGGUGAAAAUAGCAACAGAAAUUCAAUCAUCGAUAUUUUUGAAUCAGAUUCAAUUUUAUACACAUUAAACAAUGAACUAAACCGAAACUAAGUGAGCAACACAGACACAUCAGUGUUUUAUAGUGAAACAAUUUUAUAUAAAACACUUGUUGUUUUCUCUCAUUUUACUUUCAGACAUGCCUGGAAUUUCCUUAACUGUUUUUUAAAGAUCUAAAGUUCAAGGUCAAAAUUAAUCUUAUAUACAAAAAGUUGGAAUACAACAAGUCAAUAGAAGAACACAAGCAAAAGCAGACCCAAAAAUAAACAUAACAAAAAAUCAUCUAUAAACUCCUCAAAGUAUUAUCGAAACACAUUUCAUACUUUCAACCAAAUGUUUUCUUUGGUUCAUCAAAAUUAAUGGUUAUUUGUAAAUAGUAUUUUAGCGUUGCGCCUUUUUACACGCAUGUAAAAACGUCCCUAGCUUAGGAACCAGACCGAAACCCAGAAAUAUUAGCAACAGUGAGAACGAGUCUGAGAAAUUUGAAACCAAUUUGAUGUGAAUGAGACGCGCAACGGAAACAGACGAAUGAACAAGUAGUUAAAUUUUAGAUAAAUCUCAAGCGAAUUCGUAACAAGUGUUAACCCAAAAAUUGUACAGAUUGAAAAGCUUGAUGGGAUAAACGCAGAAUCAUUCAAACAGAAAAUCAGUUUUCCUUCUUCUUCAUUUUGUUAUUGGAGGGUGUAAAUCAUUAUCGAUUAUUCGGACAAAGAAACGAACUAAUAGGGAGACGAGAAACCAAGGUGUACUUGUAAAUGUAAAAUAUUGCAAAGGGUUGUAAAUAAAUGUUGGAACAGGAGAUAACAAUAAGCGGAAUCUUAGUAAUGAAUGAGCAGUGCUGAUAAAUUAGAGUAUCAAGCAGUGACAAACAAUAAACAGUGGCAGAGCAUAAGAAUGGAAAAAACAUUGUGUUAAUAUUUAUAGGAAAGAUAUGAAAAUAAAACAAUGAUUUAAAUUAA